AUGGACGACGACGAGGUCAUUGCAGACAGCGAAGACGAAUUCGAUAACCACGACACUUCAGCAAUCCUUGGAGCGAGUGGUCUCCCAUCUCAUAUAUCCACCAACGACAACCGCGUGUCUUCCAUCUCAACGAUGUCGACUGUCGUACCUGAUACCAUCUCUACAAUUUUGCCUGCCAGCACCUCAGAAACACCUAUACCCAAACCACGACCCAAGCCACGCCCCAUCAAAAAAAAGAAAGACGGUGAUACAUCAAGCAACGCUGAGAAAUCUGCGCUAGCGUUUCCUAUCAAUCCGAUGACCGGAAAGCCGGACUACCUCGCAGCGUUUCAGCCAGACAACUUGCCCAUGACGUCCAGCAUCGCGGAUCGCGCGAAAACGCGCCAACGAGCGAAACCCGUCACACUCAACACAGGGGACGAUAUCAUUGAACUGAGCGACUCUGACGAUGAUUUUGACGAGCUCGCGCUAAGGCCUUCCACAUCCAAGAAUAAAUCUAAAAAGUCCAAGUCCAAACCCUCUGAACCGACGACAACGGCCAAACCCAAACCCAAGCCUCGACCCAUCGCAAAACGCACCGCACCAGCACCAAACCGAGACUCAACACCACAACCAACCAAUCUAUCACCAGCCCGCCCCAUUCCCAUCCCUUUCCGGCUCCUACCUUCCCCACUCCCACCGUCAGACCCCUCAGUUGCAACGUCCCAGCCCCCAAUCGAGGUAUUACAAAACCCACCGACGACCGACUUUGACGACCCGCUCACCCCUACCUCCUCGCCUUCCUCUCUGUUCUCCUCACCUAAGAAAGAUGGUAGAAAGGCGAGCGGGGUAGACGAGUUGGACGAAUCCGAUCACGGAGAGGGCUUUAUCCACAUGGACAAGAGGGGGAAAGGCAAGGGAUUGAUGUUACCCCCACCGACGUUCUUUGCCAGUUCUUCUCCUCCCCUGCCCGUUCCUGAAGCUAUUCCUUCGCGAGAAAAGCCGCUCGAACGGGAUGUGGUGGAUUUAACGGAUUUACCACCCACCGUGCCCGUUGAAAAGCCAAAGCCUAAGAAGCCGAGGAAGAAGAAGGGGGAAGUGGACGGUGGGGAUGGGGAUGGACAUAGGAUGGACAUGGACUUUGAUCCUCAUGAGGGGAAGAGGAAGGGCAAGGCGAAGCAGAAGACAAGCCCUGGGGUGGGACAGGUUGAGGUGACUAUUACGGUGCCACCACCUAAGAUUAAAGGGAAGGGGAGGGGCAAAGGGAAAGAGAAGGAAAAGGAGAAGGAGGUUUUUAAGAGUAACGAGUUCAUCAACGACUCGGAAGAUGAGGGUGAAGGCGUUUUGGGUGGGACGACAUCAUCGAUUGAUAUUUUGGCACCUCCAGUGAUGCCUCCAGCGAUUGGUUCGCCGCCUGCUGCCUCAGCUCUGGUACCUGGAUCGUCUGGGUCAGGGAAGAAACGGAAAUCAAAUGUGGUGGACGACGAGGAGGUGGUAGAGGAGGUGGGGAGUCCGAAGAAGAAGCAGAAGAGGAAGGGGCGGGGAAGGGGGAAGAAGGAGAAGCCUGGUGCUGCUCUUGGGGAGGAGGGUGUUACACGAGGGCAUGAGCGUGGUGCGCGAGGGGAAAAGGGACCUGCCCAAGGGGGUGCACUAGGGGAAGACGACGCUUCCUUGGGGGACGAAGAGAUUCAUGUCGGAACGAAGAAGAAACCGAAAGGAAAAGGGAAGAUGGUCGUUCUAUCUGAUCAAGAGGAGGAUGAGCCUGAUGAUAAAAAAGUUGAGGAAGAAGAAGAAGACUACGCAGUAGCCAAGAGGAGGGGGAAAGAGAAUGCUGGUAAGAAGGGCAAGGGUAAAGCUAUCCUUGACGAGGACGAGGAUAUGGCUCCGCCUGAGCAAGCCCACGAUGAUGACAGAGAUGGGACAAAGGAGAACGUCGAGCCAGGGUCGAAUAGUAUACCCCAGCCCAAAGCCACACCCAAACCGUCCCUCUUCCCCAGCCUUGUAUCACGGUACACCAUUGCCCCCCGCGUCAAAUCAACACCUAUGUCCGAGCUCAUCAGACGGGUCAACUCCCUCCCCAGCUCCUCCCCAUUCCCCUCUCCCCACCCCCGCGUCUCCUCUUCCUCCUCCUCAACAUGCUACUCACCCUACCUCAAAUCCUCACGCUCAAUGCUCUCCCGCAUCGCGCCUUUACACCCCAACAGACGUACGCCCCCGCCUCCGCUGCCUCCCCCGCCCCCGCGGAAGAAGACGAAGAAGGAGAUUGAGAGGGAGGAGAGGUGGGAGGAGGAGAUGGUGGAGAGUGUUGGUGGGAUUAAUGAGUGGGCUUGCUUGACGGAUGGGGAGAGGAGGGAGAUGAGGAGGGUUAAGUGGGAGAGGGAGAUGGGUGGGUGGGAUGAGUAG